AUGAACAGCCUGUGGUCCUCGAGGGCGACCCAGGACCCAGACGCCCUCGAUGCCGCGAAGCCGGCCGGCGAUGUGGCGGCUGCCGGGGAGGGCGCGGGCGUGGUGACAAACGACGUGCGAGUCGAUGAGCAGCAGCAUGCUGUCGACAAACCAUCCGUUUCCGCACCGCCGAUACGACCUGGCCUUCCUCGAAAUGCUCUCCGGUCAGGUCCCCCUCCCUUCCCAGGUGCCAGUGCCGAUGCCGGUCCCGGACCCGGAUCUGGACGCGGCCGAGGCCAGCAGCAAAUGCCAUUGCCGCUCCCCCAACUGCCCCAGCAGCCGCAGAGACCGCACCACGGGCCGACGGACUCCCUCUCUCUCAUGCAGCUACGCCGCAUCGUCGCCGAGGUGAACCGCGCCGAGCCGGUGGCGUACGACUUUACCUACUCCGACGUGGGCUCGCACGCCGACGAGAUCGACGAGUGGUUCGUCUACCAGUUCUGGCAGUGGGUGCGCCUGAACGCUGCCCAGCAGGCCUUCAACUGGCACUGGUACGGCGAGGAGUCGGGAAGCGAUGGCGAAUCGCCGAGGUGGGACGACGCCGACGAGGACGCGAGGGCGAGCUUCGUCCAGGCCGCCAUCGUGGGCGUCGGGUCGAGCGAUGCGGCCCUGCGAUCGGCCUCGAUCGGCCAGCUCGUGUACCUCGUGCUGGGGAGAUGGGGAGAGACGGCGUCCGCGAGUGCCUGCCCGACGGCCGAGGCCAAGUCGGUCGCGAGCCCGUCGCAGUUGGAGGCCAUCAAGUCGGCCGUCCGCUGCCUCGCCUCGCUCCAAGGUCUACCGGUGAUUUGGGAGGCGCUGCGGAACUGUUUCGAGCUGCAUUGGUCUGGUGACGUUCAGCAGCAGCAGCAGGCCAGUCCCCAGGAGGCGCAGGACGAGCUGAUGAAUCUCAUGACCAUCAUGUACAUUGCCAUUCAAGAAGCCCUCAACGACCCGGAAGAUCCGUCCUCUGCCUACGGCAAGCUGCGUAUGUGCUACCCUGCCCCUCUCGGCCUCGCCUCUGCCCGACAAGGCCCGCUCUGCCAUGCUGACCCGACCUCAGUGGAACUGAACCCUUCUCUCGUCGAUUUUCUGCUCACCGCCAUGUCGAAGCUUCGUUGGGACGAGCAGAACACCAUGCCUCACAUGCACAUAUUUCUGCUUUUCUGGAAAUCCAUCCUGCUCGUCUUUGGUGGAACAAAGGAGCUAGAGCUCGUCAGAAAGGCCACGAGCGAAAUGACAAACGGCGACGGCAAUGAUAAGGAAACCAUCACGGCCUCCCCGCUCGACUAUCACGCGUUCCGACAAGAAGUCACCUCCAAAUAUCCAGCAUACGUUCCUCCCCAGCCUUUGAUUCCUCUCGAGGCCGACAACACAUCCCUUCUCCCCCCCCUCCCGCAUCAGUCGACGAGAAACAGCGUGGCCAACGGGAUAAUACCGACCCCGGCCGGCCCUGCACAGGACGGGGGUGCCUCCAUCCUGCACCAGCCGGUCCACAUCGCCACACCCGCUCCGUCGCCACCUCCGUCGCCGGCAAUCGGAGGAAAGGGGGGCAAGAAGCAGAACUACCAGACGAACCAGAACUUUCCCUUCAUGUAUCCGCCCCUCGACGCGACGAGCAACAGCGCCGGAGGCAAAGGCUGGAUCGGCAUACACGACGCCGUCGUUCGUCGUCGCUGGGAAGGUAGCGAUGUGCCGGCCUCGAUUCUCGAAGCAGGCGAGCUCUUCUCCUCCCGCGUGCGAAUGACCCGAGCGACCCGACAGCUCUGGGACGAGCGAGAGCGAUUUCUCAAGUACGAGCGCGGCUGGGAGUUUGACGAGGAUGACGACGAAAUCGACGGUCUCAGCCUCGAUGAGCUGACCCUCGAGGAGAAGGAGCUUCUCAAGGAGGUCAAGGGAAGGGACAAGAUCGGCAGCGCGCGGCACCCGCCAGAGGACGAGGUAGACUUUGGUCCCCAUCCUGAGCGGUUGAGCGACAGGGACAAGCAAAGGCUCGUUGCCGUCGAGAGGUUUUACCGAGAAGCCCUGCCUCAUCUGCAGUCGCUCGUCAUCGUCCUCCUGAGACCAAUCCUGCUGAACGUGACGGCAAUUGUCACGCAGCAAGCAUCCCAGGCACCAAACGGCAUGGCGGGCAGAGGCAGCAACCCGCUCGUCAUGAACGGCAGCGCUCCUCUUCAGAAGCCAGGAGACAUGGCAGGGCAGAUGUCCCACAUGGAGGAGCCGCAGCAGUCUCCCGAGGAGGUGGACGCGUCGAGGACGCGAGAAAUAACGUCCAAGGCAAUGACGGGCAUUCUGAUACUGCUGCUCAAGUGGCUGAGGUUAUCUCACGUGCUCAAGUUCGAGUACUUUACCCAGCUUCUUCUCGACUCCAACUACAUUCCGCUCGUGCUGAAGCUCUUUGCACACCAGGAUAUUCAGCAGGUGGUCGACAGCAAGAUGGACCGUGUCGAGAACAGCUUCUUCCAAUUCUGCAACUUGCGCUCCGAGGACAGGGUCGAGAGCGGGCCGGAACACGAGAACCAGGACGAGGAGGGCCAAGGUGACGCAGAGACCAGGGAGGAAAGGGACGCGGACCAAACCGCCGCCGUCGACGACGAGAGCGACGACAGCGCCGCGCCGCCUCCGAUCAAAAGGGGACGAUCGCCGAGGCCGAGGCAAGCCGAUGUCGAGGAGGAGGAGGAUGCAAUCGACGGUCAUGCCGAUCGGCCACCGGCCCGGCCAGAGGUGGACGAGCUUGGCUACCCCGUGAACCCGCUCCCGGUCGAGCCGAUCACCGACUUUUCGAGGCGCAAUUUCUUCUCGCUCAUCAACUACCUCCGAGUGAUGCAGAAGAUCUGCAAGGAUAAGGCACACCGGAACCUCCUGCUCGUGCAGUACAAGUCGUCGACGAUCCUCCGCAAAUCGCUUCGGGUGCCCCAGCAGGAGCUGCGGCUGUACACGCUCAAGCUCUUCAAGAACCAGGUGCCGUACUGCGGUCGCAAGUGGCGCCAGGGCAACAUGCGCGUCAUCACGGCCGUCUACCUGCACUGCCGACCGGAGCUCCGAGACGAGUGGCUGGCCGGCAGCGACGUCGACGCCGAGGUCGAGGGGGCCCUCCCGCUCGAGCAGGCGCUGCGCAGCUUGACGCACUGGCGCAACGUGAGGCGGUACCCCGACAAGAUUGCCGCCGAGAUCCGGACGGCGAUGCGCGAGGAGCAGGACUUUUUCACGCGCGAGCUGGAAAAGCUGGACCUGAACUGGACCGACCUGGGCGGGGACGACAGUGUCGGCAGCGACUUGGACCACGUCGAGGGGUGGGCGUGA